AUGAAUAGUUGGGGUUCAGCAGCUAGUGCAAUCUACUACGUGAAUUAUGAAUACCUCAAAGGAGGACUUGGCCCCUACAACCGCUUAAUUCGCGUCCUGAAAAAUCAAGUCCCAGAGAAGUUCGCCGAACGUUCAGCUCACAGGAAGGGUAAAGAUCCAGCGAAGAUCGUUGUGCUCUUCACUGACGGAAAUACAGAAAACGGCGAUGGGGAGAUAUUGGACACCUUCCAGCUCCAAAAUACAGAGAGAGUGAUAAGAGAUAACAACAUCAGUCUUGUGGGUGCUAUUAUUCCCAACGUAAACGGCACACAGCGAAUAGAUCAACUGAAGAGCAUUGUGUCUGAUCCAAGGGAUGGAAUCGAAAUGGAACUUACCGAGGCAAACUUGAACGAAAUCGCCGACGACCUCGCUUUUCGUAUCAGACGACUAUUAUUCUGUCGAGUGAGUUGCGUUCGUAUAACAACAUUCUUAGGUUAA